AUUUCAAUUUUUUUCAAUUCGUUUGCUUGACGUUCACGGACGUAAUUCCGCACACAGCACAUACUCGAAUACGUUUCGCAAUAUAUGUAUCAAAAUUCUCCGUGUGGACUCUAUCUGGAUUGGAUGCAACACUAAAUUGCCAGUGUUUUCCCCUAGAUUUCCUAACGACACAAAAUUCUCAGUGCAACAUAAAACCGAAAGCCUUUUUAACAACACAAUCAACUAACCAUCUUCGAUAAAAACAACAAGUCUCCCGGAGGAAUUGGCUCCAAACUAUCCAGUGCAACUGCGGACGAACUUCUCGACAGGAUUGAGACAAAUAUCAUGUUGUUAAAAGUGCCAUCUGUGGACUGGACGGAUCAAAUAAUUUACGUAGUGGACGAUGACGAGUCGCUGUCAGACAUCGACGAUGAGCCAGAUUUCUCCGAAUACAUGUGGAUGGAGAACGAGGAGGAGUUCGACAAGAACGAACUGCAACGGCUGGAGGAGGAGGAGAUCAUGCAGGAGUGUUUUGAAGCCAUGAUAGAGGACGAGCUGGAGGAGCAGAUCAACGAGUGGGAGAAGGCCAAGACGGACGAACAGAACACGGCGCUUUCCGCACUGCCCAAGAGCCAGUGUGAUGUGGAAAAGUCUGUUCUGAAUCCGAUGGCUGAUGAGUUUGUUCCGCGUUGUCAUGUUAUAGAUUUUCCAGCCUCAUAAAAACAGCUCACAUCUCCUGCCCGCCACAGAAUCACAAACCACCCCGAACCCAUAACACGUGGACCUCAUACGCGAAACCUUAGAUAAACUGAAGAUCCUUUGCUAAGACUCGAGUAACAGAUUCCGCUAAUGAGAUUGAGAUUGAUAUUCUGACCAAGUUGAGUUGAUGAAGCAUUCGGAGUAGUGGCUCAUGAAUAUCUAAUUUCUAGAUACCAAAAUGCUGGAAAAAAACUGAAGAUACCAACAAACUCCAAAUGCAGGCGACCGAAAUGCAAACGAAUCAUAUUUUUAAAAAACGUUAUAAAAAAACUGAACCACUGCAAAAAUACAAAAAAUAUGUUUAAAAGUAAAACCAACAAAGCAACAAAAACACAACUAAAACUAAAGCUAAAACUAAGAACAGACAAAUAACAAUUAACAACUAUGCCACGUACAUCAGAGUACAUUGUAAUUAGAGUUAAAACCGAAUUGUUUGCCGUCAAAUUCGGAGCCCGAGAAAUCCGAACCCAAAAUGUUAUCGAGAAACGCAGACGCAGGCGCUUGCUGAAGCUAGUGAAAACUUUGGUAUUAACGUACAAAACGAAAACAAAUGACUUUUUACAAGCAACUAAAACUAAAUCUAAAACCCAAACUAAACUAUGCCAAUUUCCAGCUAAAGCAACUGUAAGCAACAAACAAGACUCGAUUGUGUUA